AUGACUGACCGACCCUCACGCACACCAUCUACCGAGUCUCAUCUGCCAUCCGGGGACGCCAUCACACCCCCAGCCCAGCCCAGCGCCUCGGACACCUCGGAAUCCUACAUACCACCCGUCUUCCCCAUUUCCGUCCCUCGGCCACACCCAAGACCAAUGACAACGCCGGCGUCGAUACCUCGGGAUCAGGAAGAGCAAGAGCACGGCCAGCAGAGCAAAGCUACGAUGCGCGCAAAUAUUCAUUACGGCGAGGGCGGCUCCCGCGAUCCAGGCCCGAGCUUCUCUCAGGGUAGCCGUUACAGUCUCGGUCACAGUCUUGGUCUCCCUGGACUCGAAAACAGCCCACCGGCAAUCAGUCCAUCCGCACGAUCGACUGUCGACACCAGUUCGACUUCCCACUUUCCGGCUGCGUCUGAUGCUCAUAGUCUACAUCGUCUGCAACUCCCACGGCAAGUAACCCAGUGUAUCUUCGAAGGCCAAAAGCAAGAGGUCGUUCCAAAGUUUUUACUUCGAUUCACUCAAAGUUGGGAUUCGCGGCUUGUGCGCAUGCAUGACGCACAAGCCAUCGGAGAGAAAGUACGCAAGUUAAUUCGCGAUGACUCUACAAGCAACGCCCACAAGCAGGGUGCUCGACUCGACCGUCUACAGUCGUCCGGGACAUGGCGUGGUAUACAAGAUGUCGACAAGCAAACCUAUGUCUCUCGCCUCCUUGUGUCUCUCACAGAAGCGCGCGGUUUGACGUUUCGUGCGGCGAAUAAAGAAACCCAGUACUUCAUCAGCUUUGAGCUGCACGUCCCCGGCUCAGCGUCCUCCGGGCCGAGAAACGCACCGGUAGUAAUGGCGUCCACUUCGAGUCGCUCCGCCCAACUACCCCAGCAAGAUAGGCACGGUAUCGAUGAAUUGGCGGUGGUCGCAUGGGAAGAGCUUCUGGAACUAUCCAUUGAUCUUCCGGGGGCGCUCUCAUCACGUUCUCUCACCAUUCGACUUCAUAAGAAGCACAGAAGCAUGCGCCGCGACAUCAUUGUCGGCGAGUCUACAUACGUAUACACCGGACGACUGUCACAGGAUGAUUACGACAUUCCGCUCCGGAGUCAAAACGACACUGUCGCGUAUCUGCGCUUCCAAGUUAUGCAGGAUGAAGUACGAAAGCAAGACACGGUUUCCCCCGAAGUCAGGCAUGAACGUAAACGGCCCAAGAAGCGACGAAGGGGCGCUAAGGGCACCCGACUCGACCGGCUCCCAUCGAAUAUUGAUCCCAACACCACCCUGGAAAUAACGCAUGAGCCCGACAGUCAAUUCCAGACCCAGGACGUUGAUGCCCCGCCCGAAUACGAUUCCCUCUGGGAUGAUCCCUCAAUCAACAUCGAAGAGAACAAGUCGAAGAACCUUUUGCCACCUCCCUACGAGUUCCUGCUUCCGAAUAUUCUGCCCUUUGCCAACAUUGGUCCACACGCUCGGGGAAUCUCCGAAUACACGUCCUCGACGCUAGAUUGGGCUCUGAACCGGUUUACUUACUACAAUGAGCUUCAUACCGCAAUUCAUGAUGCUCACUUGGAAAAAGUACGCGACAAACUGACCUUGGAAUGGCAUGAUGUUCGAACACAGCUACUGGUCAUUGCCGCUGCCGAUGCCGCUGUGUACGGCUUUUCAUCCGGAACCACCUUCGCAGUGGACAUGGCUGCCUCCAAGUUUCUGAUCCUAUCCGCGAUCACGGCGGCUUUCGGCCUCAUUCUGGUUCAGAACCUACGCAUGCGCUACCUGAACGCAGACGCAGUAACCUUCGCGCGGCUGGCUCGCGUCAAGAUCAGCGCAGAGAACGAAGAGCACUCAUACGCAUUCUUCGCCAUCACUUCGCGGCUUCCUCUUCUCGCACUGUUCACCGUAUCGAUACCUUUAGAGCCUGUCAGUACAUCCAUUGCCUCCUGCCCCUCCUCGUCUUAG